UAACUCUCUCAUCUACAUUUACAAGAGAGAGAGAGAGAGGGAGGGAUGUUGGAACCCGAAGGAGAACAUCCGACUUUCCUUCACAAAACCACGAAAACCAGCUCCUCCAUCGAACGGGAGCUGAUGGAUCUCGAUAUGGAUCUCGAUGCUUCUUGGCCGUUCGAUCCAAACCCCUUGAUUUCCAAUCCUUCAUCUCCUUUCUUCCUCUCUUUCUUCGCUUCUCAAAACUCUAACCAGCUCCAGCACCAGCAACCACCCUUUUCAUCCUCCGACCAGCCCUCUUCCCCUCUAUGGACUUUCUCAGAUGCCGCCGCCGCUGCCGCCGCCCCUGUUGAUGAGAAAUCUGUUGACAGCCAUAGAUCUCAGUCACGUACCUCUCAUCAAAUAAAUGGAGAUGCAAUGGAAGAUGAUGACAAGAGAAGGCUGCUGCCAUCAGCAGUGGAUGAGGAGAAUUCAGAUAGAUCCCGUGCCAUCAAGGAGAGGAUGACGAAGGCACUUCGAUACUUCAAGGAAUCAACGGAACAACACGUUCUUGUUCAGGUUUGGGCGCCCGUGAAGAAUGGUGAUCGAUAUGUUCUCACGACUUCCGGGCAACCCUUUGUUCUGGACCCCCAUAGUAGUGGGCUUCUUCAAUAUAGAACGGUUUCUCUGAGGUACAUGUUUUCUGUAGAUGGGGAAAGCGAGGGAGAUUUGGGACUGCCCGGUCGUGUUUUCCGGCAGAAAUUACCAGAAUGGACACCGAAUGUGCAGUACUAUAGUAGCAAGGAGUACCCACGUCUUAAUCAUGCCCUGCACUACAAUGUUCGAGGGACCUUGGCAUUGCCAGUUUUUGAACCUUCUGGACAGUCUUGUGUUGGUGUGGUUGAGCUUAUAAUGACUGCGCAGAAGAUCAAUUAUGCAUCAGAGGUUGAUAAAGUGUGCAAAGCUCUUGAGGCAGUAAAUCUUAAAAGUUCUGAAAUUUUGGAUCACCCAAAUGUUCAGAUAUGUAAUGAAGGUCGUCAAGCUGCCUUGGCUGAAAUCCUUGAGGCAUUAACUGUGGUCUGUGAGACACAUAAACUGCCGUUGGCUCAGACCUGGGUUCCAUGCAGGCAUCGCAGUGUUCUAGCUUAUGGUGGUGGUUUGAAGAAGAGCUGCACAAGCUUUGAUGGGAGUUGCAUGGGACAGGUCUGCAUGUCAACAACAGAUGUUGCAUUCUAUGUCGUGGAUGCUCAAAUGUGGGGGUUUAGAGAUGCUUGUGCAGAGCAUCAUUUGCAAAAGGGACAGGGUGUGGCUGGAAAGGCCUUUGCAUCACACAGGCCAUGUUUCUCUGCAGAUAUUACCCAAUUCAGCAAGAUAGAGUACCCCCUAGUACACUAUGCGCGCAUGUUCGGGCUAACAGCCUGUCUUGCUAUAUGCCUACGGAGUACACAUACAGGAAGCGAUGAUUAUAUUUUAGAGUUCUUCCUGCCCCCUAAUUGCACGACCGGUAGAGAGCAACAAGACCUUUUGGGCUCUCUUGCAACCACCAUGAAGCAGUGUUUUCGGAGUCUAAAAGUCGUUUCUGAAAAAGAACUGCAAGAAGAAAGAUCUCUUGAAAUAAUUGAAAUAUCUGUAGAUGAGAAGCCUGAGUUGAAAUUCGAACGUGAGCGAAGUCAAAGUGGCAGAAGUCAUCUUCAAAUGUCCCCUGAAGUCAAAGUCUUACCAGGGCUUGAUGUUUUAGGAGUAGAUGUUUUGCAGGUAGGAGAUGUGAUUCCAGAUUUGUUGGGGCAGCAUUUUGUGACAGAAGCUGAUGCUCCAAAGAAUGACAACAAAUUUACUAAUGCGGAUGGAAGCCAGAUUCCUGUUUCUUUACCUGAAAAUAAAAGCACAAAGACAUCAGAAAGAAAGCGAGGGAAAACUGAGAAGUCGAUCAGUUUAGAGGUUCUCCAACAGUAUUUUGCUGGGAGUCUUAAAGAUGCUGCAAAGAGCCUUGGUGUUUGCCCAACUACCAUGAAGCGGAUCUGCAGGCAGCAUGGAAUUUCCCGGUGGCCAUCUCGCAAGAUAAAAAAGGUGAAUCAUUCCCUGUCCAAGCUGAAACGAGUGAUCGAAUCUGUUCAUGGCGCGGAUGGUGCAUUUAAUCUUGCUUCUCUCACAACAAGCCCACUUCCUGUGACUGUUGGUUCCAACUCUUGGCCAGCUAAUUUGAAAGUGCCGAAGCAGCAAUCUGUGGGCACUGAUCCUUCUGAUAUGCAGAGGGAAAGAGAGAAAGGAUCACCACCAACAAGUAAAACACCAGAAAGUGAUGAUCAUGGUGACAAGGGAGACAGCAUGCCUGAAGGAGUUGGGUUGUUAGCUCGUCAGGAACUUGUUCAUGAGCAAAUCUGUUCUCAGCCGGAGUUUGGCAGGGCCUCCCAUGGAUCAAAGACAAGAAGCAGUUCUGGUGAAGAGAGCACAGGGACCCGAACUUCUCAAGAUUCAUAUCAUGGUAGCCCUGCGAAUGAAACCCAUUUGAACUAUCCAUUCAUUCCUUCUACCCAAGACCAAGUAAACGUCGGAGGCUAUCUGGGGUUGGCUUUUCAGUCCACUGGAGUACCGAAUCUAUCCGUUGCAUACUCAAUACCCAAUGCUCUUGUAACGGCACAGCCUCAAGACCUUUUGGGUGGACUGUUAAUCGAGGAGUCGGGAAGCUGUAAAGAUUUGAGAGAUCUCUGUAGUACAGCUGCAGAUGGUUGUCAGGAUGAGCGGGUGCCUGAAUCUAGUUGGACAAAUCCUCCUUGUUCUGAGCCUGCCAAUCAGCAAACCAUGGCUGCCCUCACUCUUACACGGCCCCAAGCAAUGGCCACACAAGAGAUGAGGACCGUAACAAUAAAGGCAACUUACAAGGAAGACAUCAUAAGGUUCCGCCUGCCAUUUGCUUCCGGUGUCAUGGAGUUGAAGGAGGAAGUGUCAAAGAGGUUGAAGCUGGUGGUGGGCACAUUCGAUAUUAAGUAUUUGGACGAUGAUCACGAAUGGGUCGUACUAGCUUGCGACGCAGACUUGCAAGAAUGUAUGGAAAUCUCGAGGUCGUCAGGGGGGCAUGUAAUCAGGCUGCUGGUCCACGACAUAGUUGCCAACUUUGGGAGCUCUUGCGAGAGCUCAGGCGAAUGAGAGUUAGAAGAGGUUGCAAGCAACCGACUGACCCCACGUUAGGUAAUGUUGUCUCGUUCUUUGUAAUAUUAUAUUGUCUGGUAUCAGGCAGGUGAAAUUGUAGAUUUUGGUUUUGUGAAGCCUGCUUUACUAUGUUGUUGUAGCAUAUUUUGAAUUGGAUUAGAUAAACCCCAGGUAGUUCUGGCGGGUUGGACUGCUUAGCAAUUGAAUUUAUUCUUUCCGUGGGGGCAUGGUUAUUGAA